ACUGGCAUUGUUUUUUUUUUUUUUUUUUUUUCUAAUCCCUACAAUCAAUGGUGAUGUGUGUGUUUGUGUGUGUGAGUUUCGGUGAAGUGAGCUAUGGCGUUGGGUUGGAGAAAUCGGUGCAAGUAGCACUUGUGUAAGUGAUUUGAUAACUGGGUUCGGUGCCGAAUCAAGCUCCGGUUGAUGGAUUCAUGUUGCAGUAAUGUUGUCGUAGCGUGAUGCGUGGUUUUGCCCAAGAUUCCAUUGCUUCAGUUGCUGAGAAAUCGUUACAAAUUUGGGUGGAGAUGGUGACGAGGUGGUGGUGACGUACAAAUUCGAUCGUUAUUCGUACGUGAUUGGGUUAAUGGGGGUGUGGAUCUGGAUCCCUGGUAUUACAUUUUCCGAGUGUGAGGCUCAAAUGAAUGGUACAAUGAGUCACAUUCUUGCUGAGUGAGGUUUUUUUCGCUCGGAAGGGUUUGCGCAACAGAUUCCCAUUCUUGGUAGAGAGCUCCUGUGGUUGAUUUUAAUGUUGGUGUGGUUUCGAACGUUGUUAAGCUUUUUCUCUGAUUUUUUGUGUAUUGGGGUUAGAAGAAAAAAAAACGAGUGAGGGGGAGGAAGAUGGCCGGUUAGAGGAACUGGGCGAGCAUGUGGGUAGCAGCUCUGCUGUUAGUGGGUGGCGUUGGAAGCGCACUGGGCAACGAAGACGAUUGUGCUGUUGAGCUUUAUGACAAGAUAUUCCAUCCGAGUCUGGCGCAGACGAAGACUCCAUAUGCACUCGUGGAGUUUUUCGCGUCUUGCCACAUUACGAGCGUGUGGCAUGCUUGUUUAAUGAUCCGAAUGCAAUUCAUGAGGGUGAAGUGUACGUCACCAUGGUCAACUGCGCUCUAGAGAAAGUACUCACUGAAUUACGUAAGGCCGGGAACCCCAAACACCGAAACUGAAACAGCAAAGCAGCAGUUCUCGGAGGAGCUUGGCGUUUGGGAGUUAUCGCUUAUGUUCAGAACUUGAUGUGAGAUCGUAAAUGCCAUGUGUUCAUGAAAAGAUUUCUGGAAUGCUGCAUGAUGUUGAAGAAGCCACGGCGUAUGCUUUUUCAUACAUGUUGGAUGAGAAGAUGCUACGGUCAUCCAGUCACUCCUCUUUUUUGGAUUUUUUGCAUCUCUUGGAAAUGCAACAUCCCUCACACAGGAUGCAAUAUCAGGUGUCGGAUUGGGAGUGCAAAAUUGCUGCAGGACUCAACGAAAUGGUGGCCUGGCAGCCAGCUUCAACCUACAAAUGCGUUGAGGAAGCAACAGUUGUGCGGUCCAGGCUUACCUCGUCGCUUCUGGGAAGCUUGCGAUGGAAAAGGUCGCGGUUACAAGUGAACGACUUUCUACUUGAGGUUUACUGCGGAUUGUGGCUAUUGCUUCAUUCAUUGACAGUUCGAGUACAAGAAUUUGAGGCUACCUUUGCGAAGUUAGCUAUAGAAGCAUUUGUUGACGACUUCUACAAAUGUGAUCAUUGUCGUGAUCAUUUUCGGAAUGCAACCACCAGAAGCCAAGCUAGUCCACGAAUAAGUAAGAGGGACCUGGUCCUAUGGCUGUGGAGGAUCCACAAUAUGAUCACUGAGGUUGUUGCAUCAGAGGAACACAAAACGGAAGGAAAUUCGUCGAAGUUGUGGCCAGCAGAGAAUGACUGCCCCGCAUGCCGCGACAAAACCAGCAGCUUGACUUUCGACUGGGACGAGGAGGCUGUGUACUAUUACCUAUUGGACUUUUAUGGGCCUUCUCCUCAGAACCCUGGAAAUGGGAUGAAAGUACGCCCUAAUUUAAAUUCUAAUUUAAAUUCUUUACAAUGCAUAUUUCUAAUUGUAUUAUUUAUUUUUUUACAAAAAAAUCUUAUCAUUAACUUCUUCAAAUGUAGCAACAAUAAAACUAAUAUGUCUAUUAAGUUUAAAGUUGUUUGAAUAAUAAUUUGAAAG